UUGUUUACACUAGAACGUGUGUGUAACUGGGUGGUAGGUAUGAGAAGGUUUUACACGCUUAUCCUUUGAAUUCUACUCAUCACUGUAUUUCAUCAUCAUUUCAUUUAAUUUCGUACACAGGAGAUUUUGAUUCUGGAAUGUUGUGAAUUCCAGUGAUUGUAUUUUAAUAUCCCUCGUUACGCAAUCAUCAGUGUUUCUUACGACAGUCAUUGAUGAUGCAGGAAAUGUUUGUCUAAAUUGUAUUAUAACUCGUUUUAUUGGAUGUUAUGGGGGGUUGUUUGCAGCUGUUGGGAGCCAAGGAAAUAGAGUGGAUGGAUAUUAUGCUUCAACAUUGUCUAUUUUAUUUCAUUUGCAAUAUUGUUUAUUUGUUUAAUCGGUGUUUGAGGGAGGUAGGAAAUUACGGGGUUCUAGUGUUUUUUCUUCAUUGAUUACAUCUGUUCAAAUGAGGAGACGCCGAUGCCUUGUCCAAAUCUAGACAAUCCCUUUGAGGUGCACAAUGCGGUGAUCAGUGGUCGACAUAAAAACCUUUCACGAGGUGAUGCUUUACACUCCUAUCGGACAUUGUUUUGUCGUCGGUGUUUCAAGUAUGAUUGUUGCCUACAUCCGUAUAAGUCUACGCCGUCGAUGUGGAGCCAUCGUUGGCCGGUAAAUGGAAAAACGAAUGUCGAAAUGGAUGGACCAUAUUGUGGUUCAUGGUGUGUUCGCCAGUCGGUGAAUGACACUGCUGGACAGAACUCAAUGAAUAACAAUAAUACUAAUAAAAGAUGUGAUGCAACGCGUGCACCCAGCAACGUGGAAUGGAGUCAUGAUGAAAAAUGUCUAUAUGAAGUGUUGGCUCCACUGUUUAUCCCUUACGGAGAUCCAUCGUACAAUUUAUACAACUGGUGCUGUAGAUUGUCGAAAUUACUUGGAACGAAAAAGUGUUGUGAUGUGUUGGCAUAUACAAAUACACAGGAUCUUCCAACUCUUCUAAAGCCAGAUUCUGGUCAAUUGAGUACAUUGCGUGUACCGGGUACCGGUGAAGAAUGGAGUCAACGAUCGGCUAGUACAGCAUCGUUGGAUGGUUAUGAUUGUGCAGAAUCAGCAGGAUCAUGCAAUGGAAGUGUACAAGGGAAUGGAGAGUUUUGUGAUGAAGCGUUGUUGGUGGGGAAUGAAUCGAGUAGUUGUAAUGGUGUACCAACAGCAACAACAUAUCGUCGUAAACGAGCCAAGAAACAGGCUAGAAGAAGGAUGGUAUUGAAGUUACCAACUCCUCGUGAAGACGAGGAUGAGAAUUCACAAACGAGUGCUUCUCAACAUCAUGGUAAUAGUGUUCUACCGGUUGGACCUUCGGCACAUCAUUAUCACCCGUGUGAUCAUCCCGGUCAACGAUGUGAUGAGUCGUGUUUGUGUAAAAAGGCUGGAACAUUCUGUGAAAAAUUUUGUCAAUGUCCACCUGAUUGUAGGAAUAGGUUUCCAGGAUGUCGUUGCCGUGGACACUGUAAUACGAAACUAUGUCCUUGCUUUUUGGCCUUUCGAGAAUGUGAUCCUGACAUAUGCGUGUCGUGUGGAGCACAGUCUUCUUUUGGAACAUUCUCUUCAAUGACGGAUUUAUUGAAUGCGUUAACGAUUAGUUCACCACGUGUUACCGGUACAUGUCGAAAUGUGGCGUUACAAAGAGGCUGGCGGAAGCAUCUGUUGAUGGCGCCAUCUGAUGUGUCUGGUUGGGGCAUAUUCAUCAAAGACGGUGCCGAGAAGAAUGAGUUCAUCUACGAAUAUUGUGGUGAGAUUAUUAGCCAGGAUGAAGCAGAUCGGCGUGGAAAAAUUUAUGAUAAAACAAUGAGCAGUUUCUUGUUCAAUCUUAAUCGGGAGUUUGUUGUGGAUGCUACUCGAAAGGGUAAUAAAAUUCGAUUCGCCAAUCAUUCGGUUAAUCCAAAUUGUUAUGCAAGGGUGGUGAUGGCGAACGGUGAUCAUCGGAUCGGUAUAUUUGCCAAGCGUGCUAUUCUCCCGGGGGAAGAACUAUUCUUCGACUAUCGUUAUGGUCCAAUGGAACAGUUGAAAUAUGUUGGGAUUGAAAGAGGCGAUAAGGACAAUAGUCGGAAAACUGGUACUGCUAGCGGUAGUAAUAGUGGUGGUGGUGGUGGUGGGAAGGCUAUAGCUGGAACAUUUGGGUCAGGAGACGAUGCAAACAAACUUAAAGAGAGGUAUAUAGAAACGAAAAGACGUGCAGAUAAUUCUCAGUCAAAUGAGGAGACGCCGAUGCCUUGUCCAAAUCUAGACAAUCCCUUUGAGGUGCACAAUGCGGUGAUCAGUGGUCGACAUAAAAACCUUUCACGAGGUGAUGCUUUACACUCGUAUCGGACAUUGUUUUGUCGUCGGUGUUUCAAGUAUGAUUGUUGCCUACAUCCGUAUAAGUCUACGCCGUCGAUGUGGAGCCAUCGUUGGCCGGUAAAUGGAAAAACGAAUGUCGAAAUGGAUGGACCAUAUUGUGGUUCAUGGUGUGUUCGCCAGUCGGUGAAUGACAUUGCUGGACAGAACUCAAUGAAUAACAAUAAUACUAAUAAAAGAUGUGAUGCAACGCGUGCACCCAGCAACGUGGAAUGGAGUCAUGAUGAAAAAUGUCUAUAUGAAGUGUUGGCUCCACUGUUUAUCCCUUACGGAGAUCCAUCGUACAAUUUAUACAACUGGUGCUGUAGAUUGUCGAAAUUACUUGGAACGAAAAAGUGUUGUGAUGUGUUGGCAUAUACAAAUACACAGGAUCUUCCAACUCUUCUGAAGCCAGAUUCUGGUCAAUUGAGUACAUUGCGUGUACCGGGUACCGGUGAAGAAUGGAGUCAACGAUCGGCUAGUACAGCAUCGUUGGAUGGUUAUGAUUGUGCAGAAUCAGCAGGAUCAUGCAAUGGAAGUGUACAAGGGAAUGGAGAGUUUUGUGAUGAAGCGUUGUUGGUGGGGAAUGAAUCGAGUAGUUGUAAUGGUGUACCAACAGCAACAACAUAUCGUCGUAAACGAGCCAAGAAACAGGCUAGAAGAAGGAUGGUAUUGAAGUUACCAACUCCUCGUGAAGACGAGGAUGAGAAUUCACAAACGAGUGCUUCUCAACAUCAUGGUAAUAGUGUUCUACCAGUUGGUCCUUCUGCACAUCAUUAUCACCCGUGUGAUCAUCCCGGUCAACGAUGUGAUGAGUCGUGUUUGUGUAAAAAGGCUGGAACAUUCUGUGAAAAAUUUUGUCAAUGUCCGCCUGAUUGUAGGAAUAGAGAAUGUGAUCCCGACAUAUGCGUGUCGUGUGGAGCACAGUCUUCUUUUGGAACAUUCUCUUCAAUGACGGAUUUAUUGAAUGCGUUAACGAUUAGUUCACCACGUGUUACUGGUACAUGUCGAAAUGUGGCGUUACAAAGAGGCUGGCGGAAGCAUCUGUUGAUGGCGCCAUCUGAUGUGUCUGGUUGGGGCAUAUUCAUCAAAGACGGUGCCGAGAAGAAUGAGUUCAUCUACGAAUAUUGUGGUGAGAUUAUUAGCCAGGAUGAAGCAGAUCGGCGUGGAAAAAUUUAUGAUAAAACAAUGAGCAGUUUCUUGUUCAAUCUUAAUCGGGAGUUUGUUGUGGAUGCUACUCGAAAGGGUAAUAAAAUUCGAUUCGCCAAUCAUUCGGUUAAUCCAAAUUGUUAUGCAAGGGUGGUGAUGGCGAACGGUGAUCAUCGGAUCGGUAUAUUUGCCAAGCGUGCUAUUCUCCCGGGGGAAGAACUAUUCUUCGACUAUCGUUAUGGUCCAAUGGAACAGUUGAAAUAUGUUGGGAUUGAGAGAGGCGAUAAGGACAAUAGUCGUAAAACUGGUACUGCUAGCGGUAGUAAUAGUGGUGGUGGUGGUGGUGGGAAGGUGAGAAAUGCUUUACGCCCACUGAAUGAAUCUAAAAUGGAUGGACCAUAUUGUGGUUCAUGGUGUGUUCGCCAGUCGGUGAAUGACACUGCUGGACAGAACAUAAUGAAUGACAAUAAUACUAAUAAAAGAUGUGAUGCAACGCGUGCACCCAGCAACGUGGAAUGGAGUCAUGAUGAAAAAUGUCUAUAUGAAGUGUUGGCUCCACUGUUUAUCCCUUACGGAGAUCCAUCGUACAAUUUAUACAACUGGUGCUGUAGAUUGUCGAAAUUACUUGGAACGAAAAAGUGUUGUGAUGUGUUGGCAUAUACAAAUACACAGGAUCUUCCAACUCUUCUAAAGCCAGAUUCUGGUCAAUUGAGUACAUUGCGUGUACCGGGUACCGGUGAAGAAUGGAGUCAACGAUCGGCUAGUACAGCAUCGUUGGAUGGUUAUGAUUGUGCAGAAUCAGCAGGAUCAUGCAAUGGAAGUGUACAAGGGAAUGGAGAGUUUUGUGAUGAAGCGUUGUUGGUGGGGAAUGAAUCGAGUAGUUGUAAUGGUGUACCAACAGCAACAACAUAUCGUCGUAAACGAGCCAAGAAACAGGCUAGAAGAAGGAUGGUAUUGAAGUUACCAACUCCUCGUGAAGACGAGGAUGAGAAUUCACAAACGAGUGCUUCUCAACAUCAUGGUAAUAGUGUUCUACCGGUUGGACCUUCGGCACAUCAUUAUCACCCGUGUGAUCAUCCCGGUCAACGAUGUGAUGAGUCGUGUUUGUGUAAAAAGGCUGGAACAUUCUGUGAAAAAUUUUGUCAAUGUCCGCCUGAUUGUAGGAAUAGAGAAUGUGAUCCCGACAUAUGCGUGUCGUGUGGAGCACAGUCUUCUUUCGGAACAUUCUCUUCAAUGACGGAUUUAUUGAAUGCGUUAACGAUUAGUUCACCACGUGUUACUGGUACAUGUCGAAAUGUGGCGUUACAAAGAGGCUGGCGGAAGCAUCUGUUGAUGGCGCCAUCUGAUGUGUCUGGUUGGGGCAUAUUCAUCAAAGACGGUGCCGAGAAGAAUGAGUUCAUCUACGAAUAUUGUGGUGAGAUUAUUAGCCAGGAUGAAGCAGAUCGGCGUGGAAAAAUUUAUGAUAAAACAAUGAGCAGUUUCUUGUUCAAUCUUAAUCGGGAGUUUGUUGUGGAUGCUACUCGAAAGGGUAAUAAAAUUCGAUUCGCCAAUCAUUCGGUUAAUCCAAAUUGUUAUGCAAGGGUGGUGAUGGCGAACGGUGAUCAUCGGAUCGGUAUAUUUGCCAAGCGUGCUAUUCUCCCGGGGGAAGAACUAUUCUUCGACUAUCGUUAUGGUCCAAUGGAACAGUUGAAAUAUGUUGGGAUUGAAAGAGGUGAUAAGGACAAUAGUCGGAAAACUGGUACUGCUAGCGGUAGUAAUAGUGGUGGUGGUGGGAAGGUGAGAAAUGCUUUACGCCCAUUGAAUGAAUCUAGUGAGUUUCCUGCAUUGCGAUGA